AUGGCAUCCAGAGGCACAAUCACUCCGCUGCCGGUCAUCCGCGAGGAGGAGGGCUGGGAAGAUGCCUCCUCCUCGUCGGAUGACGACUACGAUGAAGACGAGGACGAAAACCUCGAUCCGCCGGAGGACCUGCUCCUCCCCCACGAGAGGGCUCGCCCGCCUUCUCCUCCCGCUCACUCGGCCCGACUCCGCCUCAUCUACCACUCGAGGGCGUGGGAGACGCAGGUAUACAUGCUGAAGGAUGGCAAGGCCCUCAAGGAGCGAUCCUCCUACCAGAAGUUGAGCAAAGGAUUCUUUGCUGCCGACGAGUUUGCGACGCUCCUCAGCCACUGGUCCAACGCGCUUCACGAGCAAGUCCAAGAGAUCCUGGGAGUCGACCACCCCUACCUCUCGCGCCUCGUACUCCCGGCCGCGCCGCGCCAAUUCAAGCUCAUCAAAGGCAUGGACGGCUCCAGCCACAUUCCCGAUCAGCUCAUGGAACCGUUUCCCGAAAUGCAAGGUAGACUCGUCAUGCAGAGAAUGCGACCGAUCAAGCCGACCAUCAUCCGUAUCAUCAUCGACCACACCGUCGGCCGCGACUUCCAGAAAGAGGCUCUCACAAUGCCAGAGAACUACAAUCUCCACCCGAAAAUCUGGCUUGGCUUGGUGCAGCCGCCCGAGGUCAAAGAGAUGCUCAAAGAACACCCGAAUCUCGCGACGCGACCCGCCUACCUCGACCAGCUCCUCAAGUUCAUCGGUCGCCCCGGCGUCCUCGAGCUCGCGCGCAAGAUGGGUACCGCUCUCGCUAUCAUUCACCACGAUCUACAGAAGGACGCCCGUAACGUCAAGUUCCGGCUCGCGUACGAUCCAACGCAGGACAAGCCUCAGCUCUGGGUCAGUGGAUUGGGGAACAUGGACGAUUUGGCGACUAAUGGGAACGACGACGGCUUCGUGGGAGAUCCGGCGGGAUACAUCUAG